AUGCUGGUGCUGCUGGGGGAGGCAGAAAUGCCUCAGGACGGCGAGCAUGGCAUGCAGGUGCCCUGGGGAGCCUGUCCCCUCCACCAGGCGCACAUCGGGGACCGCUGGGCCAGGCAGGGACGGGAGAUGGUGCCCCAGCAGCAAUCCUGGCCCGGGAGCCCUGCAGACAGGCUGCGGGAGCAGCAGGAGCUGCCAGUGUAUCUAUCCAGCAAUGCAGGAGACUUUGGUCUACUCAAGGACACCCCUCCCAGACAGUGCAGACCAAAAGGAGAGCGGGACCAGCUGGGAUCUCGCUUCCUGGAGCUCCAGCAUGAGCCAGAUCACAAGCGGCGCUGCGUGCCCUGCUGCUGUGAGCUGCUGCACGAUUGCACCACCUGCAUUCCAAAACCUGGUUCCCCACUGCUGCAGUCCCCUCACACCAGGAUCUGUGCGAUGAUGGAAGAGCGGGAGUGGGUGCAGGAGGAGGUGCCUGCAGCGCAGCACACAGGAGGCCACCACCCAGUGCAGGAAGGAGAGGUGUUCAACAUGAGAUACCAGGCUCUGCGCAAGCUGGGCUGUGGGGCCUUUGCCACGGUUUGGCUGUGCCAUGACGUGAGGAGGAAGAAACACGUAGCUGUGAAGGUCCCCAGGAGCGGGGAAAGCUUCGCUGAGGCUGCCCAGGACGAGGUCGCUCUCCUUCGAUGUGUGAGCAGUAUGAAGAAGAAGGACCGGGCAGGAGAAAACAUCGUCUGUUUAUUAGACGACUUUAGAAUGAUGGGACAGAACGGCUUCCAUAUGUGCUUGGUAUUUGAAGCACUGGGUCCUUCUCUGAGAAGUCUGAUGGGUAACUAUGCAGCCCAGGGCCUUCCUCUGCCUUUUGUGAAAAAAUCUUUACAGCAGGUGCUAGCAGGCCUGCACUUCCUGCACAAACGCUGUCGGAUUAUUCACACAGACAUCAAACCAGAGAACAUUUUGCUGUAUGUAGGUGACAAGACCCUCCAAAAGUUGCUACCUGAUAUUGUCAACUCUAGCCAGAGAACAGAUUUGGGUCUAAAGGGACCACCAGGAGGCGAUCUUGGCAAUCGAUUGGAACAUUCUGAUUUAAUGAGCAUAGAAGUGAAAAUUGCAGACCUGGGCAGCGCAUGCUGGACAUACAAGCCUUUUUCAAAGGAGAUCCAGACCCAACCGUACCGUGCCCUGGAAGUGCUUCUUGGGUUAGACUAUGGCACUCCUGCAGAUAUCUGGAGCACAGGCUGCCUGGCAUUUGAAAUGGCAACUGGAGAGUGUCUAUUUGAUCCUCGACCUGGGAAAUAUUUCUCCAGAGAUGAUGAUCAUGUUGCUCGUAUUAUUGAACUCCUGGGCAAAAUUCCUCCCCAAAUAGCUCUCUCUUGGAAGAAGUCAACAAAAUUUUUCAGCAGACCAGGUGCUCUCCUGCGGAUCUCCAGGCUUCUGCCCCGCAGCCUCUGCAACAUCCUGGUGGAGACACACAACUGGACAAAACACGAGGUUGCGCCGUUUAGCAGCUUCCUCCUGCCAACGCUGGAGUACGCGCCCGAGAAGCGGGCCACGGCGGCGCAGUGCCUGCAGCACGCGUGGCUCAGCUCCCCGUGACCGCCCGGCCGC